UCAGCUGGCAAUACGAUUCAUUCAUCAGGCAUCUUAAUUAAGGAGGCGUUGUUCUUGUACACACUAGUUGUGUUGAUGUGUGCGUGAUGUGUGUCAUGUUCGGACGGAUUGAUGUUCAAGCAUCGAAGCCCAGUGCAUGAUUGUGUGCUUUUAGGUGACCAUUUCCACCGGAUUCAUUCGAACUGCUGAUGCUCUUCCACUCUAUUUAGAGAGGCUGUUCUGUUCCUGGAUGGAAGAGUGGAAAUGACCUGAGUGCUGUGAUGGAUGUCAGUACCACUCCUGUGAACAUCACUUCACCCACUCCAGCUGUUGUUGAGCCUGAGUACUUCUGCAAAUGGGUCCUGUACCAUGAGAUUUCCGGCUCUCGGGUUCGCACGUGGGACCUCAGCAUCCUGGUGCCUAAUGUGCUCUUCCUGGUGUUCAUGGCCCUGCGCUUCAACCGGGCACGGCUCAAGCUGCGGGCAACCAGUAGCCCCAUCUUCUACACUUUCUACAUCCUCGUGUCCCUGAAUGCUGUGAUGAGUGUAAUCCGCUGUGUCGUGUCCAUGACAGUCAACGCUGCUGCUCCUGCGGGUGGCAUAGCUGACAAGCUGCUGUGGGUCGUGGUGCGCUUCUUCCUGCUGUCCACCGAGAUGAGCGUGCUCAUCUUUGGGCUGGCCUUUGGCCACCUGGACAGCCGCACCAGCAUCCAGCGAGUGCUCAUGGUCACCUCCUUUGUGGCUGAACUCUAUUCGGGCACACAGGGUGUAUUGGAGUUGGUGCUGCCAGACCGGAAGUUUUAUGUGCCUGACAAGAACUUCGAGUUGUUUGGCCAUGGCGGCAUGCUCUUCUGGUUCAUCAGCUCGGUCAUUUUUGCUGUGGUGUACAUUGUUGUGUUCCUGCUUCCAUGGACUGGUCUACGAGAACGUAUAGCUUUGCCAGCCAAGCAGAGCUUCUACUGGUAUGCCCUGUUCCUCGCUGUGCUCAACGUGGCCCAGGCAGUUGGCUCGGGCCUCUACUACUACGACAUUCGGGAAGGUGUCUGCGUGGUAGACGUGACCAGCUACCUCUACUUUACCAUCUUCACCCCACUUGUCUAUAAGACGUUCCUAGCAGACUUCUUCAGCAUCUCGCAGCCCAGCAUCAUGUUCUCGUACAAGGCCCAAACGGACGACCCCAUGGAGGACGACAACGUCAGCUUGCCCCACCAGCUGUCCUGCUCGUCGCUCAAGACUGACUCGGACUACAUUUACCAGCAUGCCCCCCACUUUCUGUCCCUGUGAACCAGCACCUGCUGUCUGGGAACAAUUCGCUCUACGACAGCACCCACUUCGAUGCAGCCAAUGUGAACCCCUUGUAUGCUCAGUCACUCCAGUCACCAGACAGUGUCGUUGACUACUGUGGCGCUGCCACGUCACAGCGACCGGCCUGUAAUGUUCUUCUAUCCCAGCAGCCACCUGCACGAUGAGAUGCCCUCUGGGAAGAAGAGUGGACCAGCUUUGGUGCUUCUUCUAGUGUGCUUGUAUCUGUGUGGCUGUAUGGUAUGUGCCGUCUGUAGAAUUCACAUACUUGGCCAGCACUUCGAGAGAUCUAUUUCAAGAACAAUGUGCAUGGAUGUGCGCAAGCAGUGUAUGCCUUUGUCACCACGACUGCAACAUGCACACUCUGUAAAAGGCCACUUCUACUGUCUGUGUAUUGUGUGGCUUCCGUCCUUUUACAGCAAAAUGUCAGUUCUCUAGAGCAUGUUCUGUGUGUUCUACAAUAGAGCACAACAGGAGAGAUUAUGAUGUGCCCUACACUGUGGUCAUAGUAGCAGUACUUUUGCCAUCUUCUAGCCACUUGUUAGAGGAGGAUCCCUUAAGGAGCAAUUAGCAAGAUUUUACUUGUGCACAUCACUACACCGACGUGUGCAAAACUGGGAUGGCAUUAUACCCCUGUCACACGGCAAGUAUGUCAUUUACAGCAAAUGUCAUUCAUUUGUAAUGUUAUUUGUUUGCUGUGUUGUGGGGAAAGUGACAUUUUCAUUCGAAUGAGUUCCUGAGACAAUUCACAGUCGAUUUCAGACUGAAUGCGUAGUUAUGAUGCCAGGAACUUGUAGAGAGAUGGCAGUUAACUUUAGUAUAUGCAUAGAGUUUCAUACAAUAAUACCUGGAGGGGAAUCUGGUGCUAGUGUCUAUGCGGGCUCCUUUAGCGGCGCUUGUACCCCCAUGGGAAUUAUGGGAAGUACAGGCUUCAAAUCUGCUUCAGAUGGAUCGCAUUCUUGAGAUUCGCGAUGCUUGGUUGUUUAGCGUAAUACAAAGUGAUAUAAAGUUAUAUUGGAAUUAAACUUGCAUGAUUCUUUUGUACGCAAACUUUAUUGCAAAAAGUAUUUGUGGCUUUGCAGUAGAAGAGAAACCUCGACAAAUAUAACCACCACGGUAUGCAUUGCUGUGUCACUGCGUUCCAGAUUUGGCAUCAAGAUACAAUGAAUUAUUUUUUACAACACUUGAAACAAACAUUCUUGUUCUGCCCUCGAAAGGGCGCAUUAUCUAUUUAUUAAAAUAACAGUAUAAUAUGAAGUGUGAAACACUUAACGUUUCGUCUGCUGCGAUGCCAGGUGCGUCUGUCCAAGUAGUCUGCCACCAAUGUACCUCUCCUUUUGUUGUGAAGUCAAGUCGGAGGAGCGUGAAAGUCGGAGGAGCGUGACAGUGCGUCUACUUAGCUUCGCUGUCGUUAUGCAGUUUGGCAAGACGCGCUUACUAAAAAACAUGAACUCUAUGUAAUACUCUGCACUGGCAUGAGAUGUUACAUCUAUGCGUAGCGGUGAGUGGACGACACUUCACUUACACUGUCAAAUGCAACUCUUGGAGCUCUGUAGCCACAGCUAACCUCAGACCUUGUGGUCUUUAGCCUCUUUCAACAUCAAAGGCGCUGCUUCAGUGCUUUGCACCGCACACCACAAUACCCAUGCUGCUGAAGAACGAAACUGAAACUGUAGAAAAGUAUUCAUUGAUAGUUUGCUAGCUAACACAAUCCAAUCCGAAGCCUGUACUUCCCCUAAUUCCCAUGGGGGUACAUGAUUACAGUGCCAAGUUCUGCUCUAGGUAUUAUUGUAUAGAACUUUACGAGUAUACGUAACUUUUGUCAUUUGUAAAUAUAUAUUAUUCUUUACUAUAUUACUGGUUUGAUGAUGUAAUAGCACACGUAAAAGGUCAAAAAUUUCUUUAAAGAAAGACUGCUCUCAACUACAGCGGCUGAACACUGGCCAUGCUGUGCUAUGUUGUCGUUGUUGCCCGUAUCACGGGUGUAGAAUGUCUGAUUGAAUGUGUUUUGGUGAUCAAGGUGGUGACCACACGAAACGAUUAUUUCUGCAGCUGGGGAGUUGGUCGUGCACCCCCGCUUCAGUUCACUAUAUUGUCCGCCGUGUUUGUUUUCGAUUGGAUCUUGGCUUGACUUCAUUUGUGUUGUGCAGCUGCAGCAAGUUGCUUAAAACAGCUGCGUUUACAUUCUAGGAGCACCUUUUUAGUGAUAAGUUGAUUUCUUAUAAUGCGUGCAUGUUACAUAGAAGUUUUAAUACAAAUUUCUCCAAAGCCAUGGCUCAGGAAGGUUCAGGUCAUGGUCAUCAUUUUAAAAUGACACUUGUUUUUGUCAUGUUACACCACACAAGUAAAAUGACAUUUGGUCCACAUAAUGUCAUUCGCUGUAAAUGGCAUUAGAUUUGCCUCGUGACAGGGAUAUAAGGUACUGUAAAUACUUGUGUUUAUGGCUGCAGCUGUUUAAAAACUGUUCCUACAAACUAGGUCUGUUAAACAGUCUCCCAAAAGGCGUUUCUGAAGAAUACCUAUCUUUUAGGUGCACCCUUGAUUUUUGAGGAUAUUAGCAGUGUUACUAAUUGUGUGCGGCGAGGAUUUGGAAAGUUUUUUUUUUUUUUUAUUUCUUCAUAGCAUCCGACCGUGCAGUUGGAAGCUUAAUGUGAAUGAGUGAAAAGUUUAUUUAAGAUGCCUGGCGAUUUUAAAGGGUGUGGUAUGAUGAGCACCCAUGCAGAGGUGAUGGCCCUGAGUCCUCAGACACAGACCUCUCAGUGCAAGACAGUUCACAAUCAGUUGAAUAUGUUUGUGGCGAUGCUGCUCAUGAGCAAGUACACGCAAAAAGGAAAUGGUUUUAAGACAAGCAAUGCUUGCUGCUGAACGGAAAAGGCCUACUUUUGCACUGUGUAACAGAGAGCAACGGCUAGACUACUUCAAACACAAUGUCGUACGUGAAGGUGUACAAGGGAAAGACAUGCCUUUUGGAGCAUUUAAAGCCAGCAAAGAAUGCAUGUGACUCUUAAUGAAGUGAAAAAUCCUGCCUCAAAACUGGAAAAGUCUGUUGCUUAUUUCUUUUCUCUUUACACCUUCUCCCAGCAAACACCAGUAUUUCUAAAUACAGGCAAGCAUCACUAAAAGGGAACACACGCAUAAAAUAAAAGUAUUUGUCCAUGUAAUGACUGAACCCGCGAUUUUCACCCCCAAUCUCAGAAAAGGGGAAAAAAAAAACACGGCCAUUGUAGAAGUAAACGGUAUUAAUCACAGAAGUGUACUUAAGGGGAGAUGCGGGUCGAAAAACGCGAGUUUUCUUCAACAUUUUCUAUUUCUUAUUUUCACCUGUCUUGAUAAAUUUAUUACCUCUACUGUUCUGAAAAAAAAAAAAAAACGCGCGAAGACCUACCUGGACAUGCUUUACAAAUUGCGUCUAAAGAGCACAAGGUGCCUGUUAAAAGGUCCAAAGUGUGCAGUCUUCGAGCGCCUUGCGGCCGAUAAUGCACCGCCGCUCGCCAUUGUCGAUCGUGGAAGCAAAGAGUCGAGCCUCAAUCUUCAAAUAACGACAGUUUCUCACGCUGACAAGACACAAUAAAUAAUAAAAAGUAGCAUUCUUUUGCGCGUUUUUGAGUGCCACGACUGGCUUAUCACAUGGUAUGGAUCGGAAACCGCCAUUGGCCGCUGCGUACCUGUAUGUGCUGUGACGCCUACUUGCAGGUUUCAUGUCUUGUCGAGCAGCACAGCUGAACAAUGCUCUUCUCGUGUAUUUAUCUUCGUUAUGAAUGAAAAAAGCCAUUGCUCGCGCGUGAAGGUCGUUGUCGGCGAUGCGCUCUGUAGGAAUAGGCUACGAGCAGCUGGUCCGAUUUGCAGCAGUUGUUGGCUCGCAAAAGCCAAUGCAUAAAAAGACAUUCACAGCCAUCAGCCGGAGAGUUCGUGAUGCGGCAACGGAUGAUGUCAGUGCCAAUCUUGCGAGGUCGAAGGAGCUCAUAGUGAGAAAGUUAGCGGGGAUGACAUUGCCGUUAUGUACGACAGUAUGUGGCACAAAAGUGGCCGCAAAAUGACAUCGGCACUGUUGUGUCUCUUGACACUGGACUUAGCUUAGAUUUCGCAGUCCUGUUGAACUUCUUUCUAGCUUGUAGUCGGCACAAAGCUCUGCCAGAUGGAGCGGAAGAAGUUUUACAAGCGUUUCGUGGCCCUGUCUGUGAGCAAAAUAUCUGUGAGGAGUCAGCUCGAAAAAGCCGAGAAAAACAAACUCAUGGUGCUGGCGUAUUUUAGUGGCAGUGGCCACUAUAAGAAAGGUUGUUCUUUUUGAUGUGCAAAUUUCAUUGUAUUUAUAGACAUCUUCCAUAAAUGAAAACUCAAUUUUAACUUUAAAACAUUUUUCUUUUUUAAAGAAAAAUUUUGUCAUUGUUUUUUUAAUGUGCCUCUCCUUUUUCAAGCACUUCUAGUGCUCGGAUCUGCAUGAAAUUUUGCCCAAAUUUUUUCCAAAGUAUGACAAAUACAAUUAUCUAGUUCAAAUUUCAAUAUUUUAUUUUAUAAUAGAAAAAUAUAUGUAAACCUUUACUAGGGUAGAUGAAAUAUAGGCUUAUUUUGUCCAUUAAUUUUUCAUGCCUAUUAUGUAUUUUGUAUGUGAUUCUUAAUUAGUUAUUUGUAUUCUGCACUUUAGUUGAAAGAUUAUAAACUAUGAAUGGUAAAAAAUUACGGAAGUUUAGGGAUGAAAAGAGGAGUGCAAUAGGGUUAGGGUUUUCACUUUGACAUUUUGCUGAGCUAGAAGUAAACAACUUGCAAGAAAAUUAAUUAUAUAUUUGAAGUCAGCAUAAAAAAUUUCAUAAACAGCUCAAGUUUCAUUGCUCUAGGGCAAAUAUUAAAAAAAGUGUCUUCGAGUAGCACCUCCCCUUAACAUUGGUUGGGAACUACGUCUCCAUAUUUUGCAUUUUAAUUUGCAUUUUGCAUCAGGCCCGUAGUAUUGGCGUUAGUUGCCAAAAAAACUGAAUAGUCCCUGGAAGCAUCAGGUUCAUCCAAAUCAAUCCUGGCUUGCAAAAUUGUUUGAAUUGCUUUUUGCAUAGCAGCUUUAGAUUUUAAGAUUGAGAUGGCCAACAGUGUCGAGUGCAACGACUAUGCCAUCGAUAAGACUAUUGAACACCUCUUAUGUUACUGCCCAGCAUACACAAAGAAAGAGCUUCACCUGCGCAGUAUUCUAAAUCAACUGGACAGAAGUGAUUUCACUGUCGAGGAAGUAUUGGGACCAUGGCACUGCCCAUCCUUAUUCCGAAAGGCAACGAAAGCGCUGUUGCGUUCUUUCAAAGACACAGGCCUGUUUCAUCAUUUGUGAUGAGAAACGUACAACUGUUACGCGUCGGCCCAGUCGGUGACCUUUUCUCCUCCUCUUCCCUUUCCUAGUGCAGGGUAGCCUACAGGGGCUUAGCCCUGGUUAACCUCCCCGCUUUUCUCCUUAUUUUCUCUCUCACACACACAAUCAUUGGUGCUUGGUAACCGUCUGUUACCCCACUGUGAUUCCUGGACAUUCUUUCGAGUCUUAGAAAUUUGCUUGUGCUAAUAGCUCUAUAUUUCAAGAAACUUCAGUUCAUAAGGAUUUUUUAUGGAGUACAUAUUCAGACUUGUAGAGCUUCUAGUAUUGCUGCAUUGUUCUGACUGGAAUUAUUACUGGAUGUCCAUAUAGUUAAUUUCUAACAUAACUUCAUGUCUAAUCAAGUAUUACUGCACUUUUUGUGAAUAAGUGUACAUAAUACAACAAGUCCCAAAACAAGAACUCCAAAGGGGCCCCUACUGAUGGUAUGUGUGCAAAUAUAAUAUGAUGCCGAAAGUUAGCAAUGGGGCCAUUAAAAUACUUCCAACGCUGCUAGUCAUGUUUCAUAAGAGUUAUCAGCCGAAAUGGGGUGAUGUUACAUUGAGCCACAUUUGAUGCCCUGUUGUUUGAGCAUAAAGUUUACUUGGACAGGGCUUGUCAGGGCCCUGGUUAUGUGGGAACUGAAAGGAUGCUAGGUUGUAUGGCAUAGCGAGUAAUUCUUUAGCGAGGCGGGGGCGGGGGACUAGUUAACUAUAAUUUAUGCAUGUUUAUGCUUGUAUGUGUGCAUGUGUAUAAUAUACACAUAGAAAAUUUGUAGAGGAGAUUAAACCCUCAUCUACCACCACCCUUGAUGACACCAGGGAAGGCAUCUAAUCUGGUCUGAACAGACCUUACUAUAUUGUAUGAAACUUUGGCAAUCAAACGUGUAAUGCAAAGAAAAUAAAAGCUGCUGUUUUAAGCUCAUUCGCAUGAUAUAACAUUACAACAAGCACACGUUCAGUAGCUUGAACUUCUUGGGUUUUAUUGUUUUGCUAUUUCCAAGAAUUUGCAUUUCAUUAUACUUAAGGCACAGACACCCAACAGCCAGAAUUCAUGGUUGUAGCUGAUAUAUUAUUAAAACUGAUAUCGUUGA